AUGACUCAAUCGCAAGAGAAGUAUGAUAUCGUCAUUGUGGGCGCUGGCCCCGUUGGCAUUCUCUUGUCGCUCUGCAUGUCUCGUUGGGGCUACAAGGUUAAGCACAUCGAUAACCGACCCGUACCCACCGCCACUGGCCGCGCCGACGGAAUCCAGCCCCGCUCGACUGAGAUCCUCCGCAACCUGGGCUUGAAGCGCCAAAUUAUGGCCUAUGAGCCCGCCAAGGUCUACGAUGUCGCUUUCUGGGAUCCCCUCCCCGGUGACCAAGGAAUCCACCGCACUGGAAGCUGGCCCAGCUGCCCGCGCUUCAUCGACACCAGAUACCCUUUCACCACCCUCGUCCACCAGGGUAAGAUCGAGCGCGUCUUCCUUGACGAGAUCCAGAAGGCUGGUACCACCGUCGAUAGACCCUGGACUAUUGUUGGCUUCAAGAACGACGGCCUGGACGAGACCUACCCCGUCGAGGUCCAGCUGAAGUGCAUCGACACCAAUGUGAUCAAGACCGUCCGCAGCAAGUACCUCUUCAGUGGUGAAGGUGCCCGCAGCUUUGUUAGACAGGAGCUGGGCAUCCAGAUCCACCACAAGGAUCCUAUCUCCUACGUCUGGGGUGUCAUGGAUGGUGUCGUGAGAACUAACUUCCCUGAUAUUGAGACUAAGUGCACAAUCCACUCCGAUGCCGGAUCUAUCAUGGUUAUCCCCCGUGAGGACAACAUGGUCCGUCUCUACGUCCAGAUCGCCUCGUCCACUGAUCCCGACUUCAACCCCCGCAAGACUGCCACCGCCGAGGAAGUUCAGGAGACCGCGAAGAAGAUCUUGAAGCCCUACUGGGUGGAGUGGGACCGCGUGGAAUGGUACUCCGUUUACCCUAUCGGCCAGGGUAUCUCGGAACGGUAUACCUUGGACGAGCGGGUGUUCAUGGGUGGUGAUGCCUGCCACACUCACAGCCCUAAGGCCGGCCAGGGCAUGAACACGGCUUUCCACGAUGCUCUUAACAUGGCUUGGAAGAUCCACGCUGUUGAGUCCGGACUGGCCAAGCGCGAAAUCCUCAAGACGUAUGAGAGCGAGCGCAAGGACAUCGCCGAGACUCUCCUGAGCUUCGAUAACAAGUACGCUGCCUUGUUCUCCAAGCGUCGCCCUACUGCCGGCGAAGUCGGCGAGGCCAGCCACAACGCCGCUGCGGCCAAUGUCGAGGAGGACCCCUUCGUCAAGACUUUCAAGGAGUCUUGCGAGUUCACCAGUGGCUAUGGCGUUGCUUACAAGUCCAACGUCUUCACCUGGGAUGAGACCCACCCCGCCCAGUCUCCUCUCUUCAACAUCCCUGGCGUGAAGCUGAUCCCUGGCCGUGCUUUCACUCCCAGCACCGUCACCCGCUUGGCGGAUGCUAACUUCGUGGAGCUGGAACAAGAGAUCCCCGCCAACGGUGCGUUCCGUAUCUUCGUCUUCGCCGGCAAGCAGGCCAAGACCAACAAGGCUAUCGUGGACUUCGCUGCCAACCUGGAGAAGGAGCGCUCUUUCCUGUCGGUGUACCGCAGAAGCGACAUCGCCGAUGUUUCCUUCUUCGAGCGCCACCUUCCUCACUCUAAGCUCUUCUCCCUGUGUGUGAUCUAUGCCGACGAGAAGAACAAGGUCGACAUGGCGGCGGUGCCCAAGAUCCUGCGGGAUUACCACCACCACAUCUACGCCGAUGACCUUCCCGACGUGCGGGUUCCUCACGCCAAGUUUGCCGCUCACGAGAAGCUUGGAUUUGACCCUGAGGUUGGUGGUGUUGUCGUCACUCGUCCUGACAGCCACAUUGCCUGCACGGUUCAAUUGGUGGAGGGCAGUGGCACGGUCGACGCUCUCAAUGCCUUCUUCGGUGCCUUCACGACGAAGCCGCUGGGCCAGGAUCAGCAGGCUAGCCGACUAGUCAACGAGCUCCGUCCCAAGGACACCGAGGAGGAGCCCUACUAUUACACCUUCAAGGUUCAAUGCACAAGCUGUCGUGAGGUUCACCCCAACCCCGUCAGCUUCACCCGCUUCGAGCAGCACGAAAUCCCCGGAAGUCGGGGCGAGGCCAACUUUGUGUGGAAAUGCAAGCUCUGCCAGAAAACCCACUCUGCCUCGAUCAUCGCGGGCCCCAACGCCUACGAGGCAAAUGACAAGCGCACCGGCCAGAAGGUGAUUGACAUCGACUGCCGGGGUCUGGAGUUUACUGAAUUCAAGGCCGAUGGCGAGUGGCUAGCUAAGGGUGUCGAGUCGAACACCCCGUUCACCGACAUUGAUUUGUCCGAGGAGUGGUAUGACUACGAUGAGAAGGCCGGCGAUGAGGUUUCCAUCAAGGAGAUUUCCUGGACGGUCGUCAUCCGCCUGAAAUGGGGCCAAACGGAGUACAAGGGCAAGCUGGAGAGCAUCGACUCGUACAUGAACGUGCUGCUGCGGGAUACGGAAGAGUUCAUUGAUGGCAAGAACACGGGAACUCUGGGUCUUGUGCUGAUCAGAUGCAACAACAUCCUCUGGAUGGGCUCCGCCGACAACGUCGAGAUGACGGACCUUGGCCUACGGUAA